CCAGCCGCAAAUUAAUCCUCAACGAGUAAGGAAAUCAUGGAGGUAGACGAAGGAGCAAACCAGAAUCCGAACCCCACCAAAAGCUCCACCGAAAAUGGAACCAGCGGCAAGAAGAACAAGAAAAAAGAAAACAAAGAGGGCAGCUUCUUGCUUGGCUCUCCAACCUUCACCGAACUCGGAAACGGCCGCUUCAAAUGCAACGAGACCGGUCACGAGCUUCCCGCCAAAGAGAAGGAACCGUACGGGCGAAGUAAAGCUUGCCGCGUUGCUCUCAUCGAUGCUGCCGUCGCCAGCAAGAAGCCGCCUCUCAAUACAUUCCAACAGUGCCCUCUCUCUAAGUCGAAGUUAGUGUGCGAGUUGACAGGCGAUACUAUUAACAAGUCCGAGGAGCAUAUUUGGAAACAUAUAACUGGCAAGAGAUUUCAGAACAAAUUAGAACAAAAAGAAUUGGAAAAGAUGGCAUCACCAGAAAGAGUAGAAAAGAAUUCAAAGAAAUCGAAAAAGUUGCAUAAAUCAAGUAUGGAAGCUAUAGAAGAGGAUCAGGAGAUUAAACCUGAUGGAAAGGGUUCGCUUGAAGGAAACGAUGAAGAGGGAAACAGUGACAUAGAAGAGCCCGAUUUCUGGAUUCCUCCUGCUGGCGAGCGUUGGGAUUUUGAUGAUGGAAAAGAUCGCUGGGAAGAUUCCAUGACCCCAGAUCAUCAUGACGAAGAUGAUGGCUUAGGUUAAGUGAAUUUAGUUUCAUGCAUGAACGUCAUCUUUCUUCUUUACAGAGUAUUUCUUUUCUGAUAUGCAUCAUAUACUAGCUUUGAAGUGAUGAGUUUUUUGUCAAGUGUAUUACUAAAAUACAUGGAUGAUUUUAUAGUUG